ACUAUCGACCGAUGUGCUCGUUGCCAGCACUCGUUUUCAAAAUGGAGUUCGUGUAGUUUGUGUUUUCUUUCAAAUUCUUUUCCGCUAAAUUCAAAAAAGAAAAGAAAAACAAAGAGGAAGAGUAAAAAUAAACAAGUGUCCAUUUUAAGACGCUUGGCCAUGUCGAAUCUUUACUCGAAAAUUAGUACUAAACCAGUGAAACGUUUUCAAGACAAUAUCGCCGUGACUCAAACAAAUGCCUGGGUGAAUGCGGAAUCGCCUAGCAAUGUUUCUGGAUCGCCGCCAUCAGUAAGUCCUAUCUCAUCGUCUAUCGUACUGCAAAGAGAGGGUGCGAUAAAUCAACCACUGAGUACACCUGCAUCGCCAUUAUCAUCGCUAUGCUCACCAUUAGCACAAUUGAAUCUAUUGUCAACGGAAGAUUGUACACAAGAUCCUAAUUGGCAAGCGACAAAACCCACCGUUCGUGAACGAAAUGCUGCCAUGUUCAAUAAUCAUCUCAUGGCUGACAUUCAAUUUAUUGUCGGCAAUCCAGGUCACACGCAAUCAAUUCCCGCUCAUAAAUACGUGCUAGCAACCGGAAGUUCUGUAUUUUACGCCAUGUUUUACGGUGGCUUAGCAGAAAAUAAAAGGGAUAUCGAAGUGCCAGACGUUGAACCUGCUGCAUUUUUGGCCCUUCUCAGGUACAUGUACUGUGAUGAGGUUCAACUAGAGGCGGACACUGUUUUAGCGACACUUUACGUCGCUAAAAAAUACAUUGUUCCGCAUUUAGCGCGAGCGUGCGUUAAUUACUUAGAAACUAGUUUAACAGCAAAAAAUGCUUGCUUACUACUAAGUCAGUCACGACUUUUCGAAGAGCCAGACUUAAUGCAGAGAUGCUGGGAAGUUAUCGACGCUCAAGCGGAAAUGGCGCUAAGGUCAGAGGGUUUUGUGGAAAUUGACAUACACACACUCGAGUCUGUAUUGUCGCGUGAAACUUUAAAUUGCAAAGAAAUACAUUUAUGGAAUGCAGCGUUAAGAUGGGCGGCCGCCGAAUGUAUACGACAAGAUCUCGAGCCAAUUCCAAGUAAUCAAAGGCGACUUUUAGGCUCUGCCUUAAAUUUAAUUAGGCUACCGGCAAUGAGCCUCGAGGAAUACGCGAAUAAUGCCGCGCAAACGGGAAUUCUCACGCAACAAGAAACAAUUGAUAUUUUUCUUCAUUUCAUUGCCAGCACAAAACCCCAACUUUGUUAUCCAAUCAAACCAAGACAGGGUCUAAAAACACAGGUGUGCCAUAGAUUUCAAUCGUGUGCGUACAGAUCAAACCAAUGGCGCUAUCGAGGAAGAUGCGAUUCAAUACAAUUUAGCGUCGACAAACGUAUAUUUGUCGUUGGUUUUGGCCUCUAUGGAAGUUCCUCAGGUGCAGCCGAUUACAAUGUACGAAUAGAAUUAAAAAGAUUUGGACGUGUAUUAUCAGAGAAUAAUACGAAAUUCUUUUCCGACGGUUCGAGUAACACAUUUCAUGUUUAUUUCGAGAAUCCAAUUCAAAUAGAACCCGAAUGUUAUUAUACAGCAAGUGCAAUAUUAGAUGGCGGUGAGUUAAGUUAUUUUGGUCAGGAAGGCAUGUCAGAGGCGACAGUUGGCAGUGUGAAUUUUCAAUUUCAAUGCAGUUCCGAAAGUACAAAUGGAACUGGCGUCCAGGGUGGACAAAUUCCUGAAUUAAUUUUCUAUGGACCGCCAACGGAAGAUUGACGUAAUUUCUCCUUGGAAAUUAUGGUUUGAAAAAGAAAAACUGUUAUAAAUUCAUAAUAUUGUUUGUAAAGAAAAGUGUGCGUUUUUCUUCUUGUAAUCUGUAUUUGAGAGAAAAAAAGAAAGCUUUUUAAAGUUUGAAUGUAGAGAAUUCUUUUUUCUGUUGGAAAAGUCAAAAAGAGAAAGUAGUGAUAGUUUAAAGACUGUUAGUUUCCUCGAUUUGAGUAGAGAAGAGAAAAAAAAAGUUGUAAAUUAGAAUGAAACGCUUCGAGAAGUCUUUUUUUUUAAGAGAGAGAAAAACUAGAAUACGGCCAACGAAAAGUAUUAUCGGCGAUAAGAUAUUUAAGGGCUUCUGCAUUUCUUGAGCGAAUGAAAUUUUGAAAACAAAUACAUAUUUUUAAUUUGGUAUCGAACGAGAAAAAUUUCUUCGCAGAUCAUUGCCUUUUGUCAAGUAGUUUAAAGAGCAUAUUUAUAGAUUUAAUCUAGAAAAAAAUAGUGCAAUAAAGUGUAUUAUUCCUGUUAUUAAAAAAAAAACAAAAACGUAUUUGAAAGAACGUUUGGGCAAUAGUUGAAUAAAAUGAAAAAUUUUAGUGUCGAGACGAUUAGAAAUUUAGAAAACUAUUUUUACUUGUGCGGGAGAAAAAAAAAUAAAUGAGGCAGAAUGUCCAAAAUAGGAAACACGAUUUCUGUGCCAAAAAAAAGGAAAAGAAAUGCGCAAAAAGUCGUCGACCUUCUUUGAAAUCUUUCAAUCUACUUGCGUAAUUUACUACGCAAACUAUAUUGUACGAAUAAUAAUUCUAUUUUUCUGCACACAAAUUCAUUACUGACUUAAAAAACUCUGUAACUAAUAUAAUUAAAGAUUAAUUGUCUUCAUUGCUCAGCGAAUUUCAUUGUGACUUAAUUUAAAAAAAAAUCAUACUUCAUUUUUAGUAAACGUAUUUCAUUUUCGUAUCAUCUUAUUUUUUAAGUGCUCUCCUUUUUAUAUUGUCAAUUUUGAAAGACACAUUUUUCGAAUCUCUGAAUUUUUAUUAUUUUAUACUUGAGUUAUUGAAAUUAUAAUUCUAGUUUAUAAUUUA